AUGAUCUUCCGUAUCCCUCUGUCUGCCACUCUGGACUUGCCAUUCGUGGAGCACCUGUUGAUUGUCCACGCUCAAGCUGAAUCUCUCAACCCAUCAGACCUGGUGGUGGAUCCGGCAGCAGCAACUGUUCCCGCCCCGUUGAUUCACGCUGUGACGCUUACGACUAGUUUCCUGCAAACCACUUUACAGGUGUCCGCUACACAAGCAAGUCUAGUUCUACUAACAGAGUAA